ACGAUUUAUUUUGAAAGGUUCAACCGGAACAAGUAUUAUUUUCCGGUUACAUUCUGCUGUUGAACACCAGUUUUCUUCUUCCAUAUUAAAAAAAGUGACCCGCAAGUUUCAGUCCACAUUCCCACCAUUAAAWAUGCCUUUUAUCGACCUCCAGACGAAUCUUCCGUCCGGCUCGUUUUCUGAGGACUUCCUGAAGCGGUUCUGUUCGGCCGCGGCGGCGGCUCUGGGCAAACCGGAGGACAGGAUGAACCUGGUGGUGAGUCCCGGGCUGCCCAUGCUGAUGGCUGGUUCCUGCUCGCCGUGUGUGCUGGUCUCCGUGUCGGCCAUCGCAGUGACCGACACCGCCGAGAAGAACAAGGAGCACAGCGCCAAGAUCUUCCAGUUCCUGACCAAAGAGCUGGGUCUGACCGAGGACAGGAUUGUGAUCCAGUUCCACGCCCUGCAGCCUCACCAGGUGGGGAAGAAAGGAACCGUCAUGAGCUUCCUGUGAAGAAGUCCUUGUUCUGAAAACAAAAGUUCUGUUUGUGUUUCUGAAAUGUUUUUAUUAAUGAAGACCAACGUGAAGCAAA